AUGCGUCUAUACGCUCUCACACUGGGUCUCUUGGCGCAUGCAGUUGCCGCCGACACGACCGAGUCGGCCGUCACCCUCGUCCUUUCGUACGUCGUCCGCGCCGUGAGCCUCCGGUCGCCCGCCGGUCCGACGCCCGCGCCGUCGCCGCCCGACAGCUCGCUCGACUUGCUUCUCAACGACCACUAUUCGCACAUUUGGGGGUGGUCUCCUUGCGGGGUUUGGAAUUCCCGUCGGGCUCUCGGCAACUUUGUCAUUGGCCUCUGCGCCGGCGCGGCGUUUGCCGCCAUCCAGCACAUUUCGUUUGGCUACAAAUACUGGCCGUCGAAUCCGAACGGCGCCUUGUACAUCAGCGUCGCGUCGUGGGCUCUCGUCUUUGGUGCCCUCACCGUCCUCGGGGGCAAGCCGCUCCAGAUUGUCUCGACCAGUCUCGCCGGUGCGAUGAUGACCGUGUGGGGCAUUGGGUACUUCUCGGGGCGCUACCCAAGCGUGUGCGACCUUCCGCGCAAGCAGGCGUUUGCAAACGGUCCGUGGGAGUAUGAGAUUCCGUCGGCGUGGUGGGGCUACCUCACAGCGACGCUCGUGUUGUGGGUCGCCGGCAUUGGCAUCCAGUUUGCCGUCACGGCCGUCGAGCCGGUCGUCGUCAAGAAGGAAGAUCACCACGCGACUCACGAGACGACGCACCACCGCGAGCUCUACGCGCAUCACCACCUCUCGCCGUACCGCAAGUCGCGCUCGCAGCGCAAGUCGUCGUCGUUCUCGUCGUCGUCGUCGUCCGACACCCAGCGCCACCACGGUAUCGAAAUGACCGAACGUCGGCACCACGACGACCAUAAAGAGACGAAGAAGCACCGCACGAGCAGUCGCGAUGCAGGGUCGUCGAUGCCCGACGGGGUUCCGAUCGUCGAGACGCACUACGUGCAAGUGGGCACACCGCAUCACCAGCACGACCACCGCCGCCACCACAACUUUUAA